AUGGAGAAUACGAAGAGGACAUCAAAACCAGUUAAUGGUGUGACCCCUGGUCAUCUGGAAGAGCCAGAGACUGAUGCCAAACCUGUCAAACAGGACGCCUCAGGUUUAGGGGGUGAGAAUCUCCCCAGCAGACUUAUAGUGGUGGAGUUCAAAUCCCUCACCGUGGCAACACCGGCAAGACCUAAACCACGCCCUAUGGAGACGCACGGCAAUGUCAACAGGAAGGACUUUAAACGCUUCCGCAAGGUCCCAGUUCCCGGUGCCCAGGGUUUGCCCAACAUCAUCGGCGGGUCAGACCUGUUGGCCCACAACCGAGGCAAGAACUCUGAGCUGGAGGAGUGGCUGAGAGACGCAGCAGAGGAUGAGCGUCAGAACAAGAAAGAGGAGACUUUGGGAGAUGACCUCUUCAGGUACAACCCCAAACCCACCAAGAAAAGAUGAGAGCACCUGGUUGUAACAUGUGAAGCCCUGUUGACAAAUGUUCAUCUUAAGACACAGGAAGGGAUGCCAACACCCCAUGGAAUGUUUUGGCUUCUAGAAUUCUCCGUUUGAUAGAACUGCCAUCUCCGCUCCACUAAUAAUGUUCAGGAAUGGAUCUUGAGUUAACUCUGGUCAUUUUGAGUACAAUGAUCAAGAGGGGCCUGUCAAUGACAAAUUUUAACAAUGUUUGUCGGUGAUAGAUGUGGGCAGAAAUGUCUGUCUAUGUACUGUACACUAACUAUAUACCUUGAUUUAGUCACUGAUGGCGAGCUAUGUAAACAAAUAAAUAGGUUUUACGUUUCAAGAUUUUUAUUUGUUCAUAAUAAAAAAUACAGUAUACAAAA